AUGGUCCUUCCUGUGCUCCUGGCCCAUCUGGGCCCCGCAGCUGCGGGGAAAUGGAAGGUGAAGGUGGCCUGCCUUGGGCUGCUUCGCGACCUCCUGGCACAGGCCACAGCCAGCUGCCCAAGGCAGCUUGGGCUGUGGAUGCCGAAAGUGAUGUCGUCUUUGAGGGAUGCCGUGGGCGAUGCCCGGAAAGAGGUCAAGAAGGAAGCCGAAUCCUUCCUCCGGAACAUGGCCAAGGAGCUCGCGGCCACGCCUGAGAUCCGGGCGCUCGCAGAUGAUAUCAUUGCCAGCAUCGUAGAUAGCGCCAACAUGGAGAAGGCCGGAGAAACCCUCCACCGCAUGGCAAACACGACCUUCCUGAACACGGUUGACUCCUGCGCUUUCGCGCUUCUUUUCCCGACCGUCGCCCGGGCCAUGCGCGAGCAGGCACAUGAGGCGAAGAUGAAGGGCGUGCAGAUCGUCGGUGCCUCCGUGAACCUGAUUGCCGACCCGGUUUUGUUGCAGCCGUACCUGCAAGAGCUCAUGCCGCUCCUGCAGGAGUGUUUGCUGCAUCCGACGAUCGGCGUGCAGCACGAGGCAGCGAAGUCCUUCGGAUCGUUGGCCUUCGGACUUCCAGAGAUCUGCGAUCGGGACAUGGUUCCUUUCCUGCUCAAGACCUUGGCGUCCACAGAGACCAACGACGAUGUGUCUGAGGUAGAGAGGAGAGGCGCCGCUAGGGGCCUUGCGGAGGUUUUGCUGGCCAGGAGGGACCUCCUGUCAGGGUGUCUCCACGAAGACGUGCUGCCCCGGAUUCCAUCAGGCCCGACCAAGGAGGCGAAGGCUGGUGGUCUGCAGUUGAUCCAGGCCGUCGCCAGCCUCGGUGCGCAGGCAUUUUUGCCCCACCUGAAGCGGAGCUUGCCCUUUGCGCUGAAUGCGCUGCAGGAGGAGUCGGAAGUUGUGCACAAGCAGGCAGUAGCCGCUGUGCGGGUGCUCAUCGACGAGUAUGGAGCCACUGCUCCGCACCUUCUCCUACCCCGCAUGCAGGAGGCGCUCUUCUUCGAAGACGAAGAGUCCAGGACGAGGGCCAUGGACCUGUUCUUCGCUUUCUGCGAGAAGAUCAGCGAAGGCAUGAAGUUCGGGCAGGACUUCCUGACGAUGGACUGCCUCUCGCAGUUCCACCGGCACUCCCUGCUGAGCUCCAUCUUUAUUGCGCGAACGGAUGACCACCACGACGUCCGACGCGUGGCCACGCUGCUCUGGAAGGAGAAGCUCCAAAGCGGACCGAAAGCCAAGGCAGAGAUCCUGCCGCUACUUCUCUCCGUGCUCAAGGCGCUGCAAUCGGGCCAUCCCUCGCAGGCGAAGGCUGCGGAGCUCUGUUUGAAGGAGCUGGAGGCCGCAGACAAGGCGUCGUUCGACUCCGUGACGGCACAGGUGGGACACGGUGGCGUUAUCUUCGCAGAGAAUGCUGCGGAUGUCGAGACGCUUGCAGAGGAAACGAAGGCUGAGCGCGAGGCCGCUGAGAAGCCGCCGCCACUCCGGGCGCAGCUUCUUCAAAGCCGCGCGAAGGAGGGCCUUGGGGAGCUUAGCUUCCCGGAGCCUCUCAGCAAAUACAUCUGCGCCGUCCUGAUCUCCUGCUGCAUGGAAUCGAAGACUCGCGAUGGUGCCGACGAGGCGAUCGAAGAGGAGCUGAGACCAAUUGUCGACAAGAAGGACUUGGAUGCUGCAGGCAGUGCCAUUGCCGCCUUGGGCUUGAAGGCCUUCUUGGACAAGGUCUUCGAGGGAGUCGAGGAUCAGCAGGAGGAGGAGCACAUCAGCCGGAGGUCCGAGAACUCUCUGAUCUACCUCGAGGGCCUGCGGAUGAUGUACGGAGGUGGCCACAUGCUGCUCAAGGACGCCGUGCUGGACCUUCGGCGAGGCCGAAGAUACGGCGUCGUGGGCCGAAACGGUGCGGGAAAGACUACGCUGAUGAGCACCAUCGCUGCGCGUGGCGUCUCUGGGAUGUCCGCAGAUGUGAAGACGCUGCAUGUGAAGCCGGAGGUCCUGGUAGAAGCCAGCGACCUCAACGCCGUCCAGUUCUGCAGCAGGGAGCUCAAGCAUCAGGACAAGCAGUCCGUCGAGUGGCUGUCAAACUACCUGCGGAUGGUCAUCUCGCACGACCCAGUCUUCCUGAACAAGGUGUGCACCGACAUCAUCCAGCAGCCAAGCUGCCAACAUGAAUAUCUACAAAGUCACGGCACGGGCAACUUCGACGAGUUCCGAAAGGCGCGCCGGAUCUCCUCAGACGAGGCACGCCGCUGGGCCUCUCGAGGGGCGUCGAAGAUCAGCUUCCCCAUCCCUGGCACCCUGAAGGGUCACUCCACCUCCCGGCCCGUCAUGGAGCUGAAGCCCCUCGGGAAGGACAUUAGCUGCAAGAUCGGCCUUACCAGCCGCAUUGGCAUCGUCGGUGCGAACGGCGCAGGCAAGAGUACGCUGCUGAACGUCCUCUGUGGGGAGUUGCUGCCGGUGCCCGGGCCUGACGGGCAAUCACCCGGCGAGGUGUACAAGCAUCGGAACCUCCGACUGGCGUACAUCGCCCAGCAGCACAUGUUCCACCUUGCAGAGUUCAUGAACAGCACGACGGGACCGCAGACCCUGAACUUCGGCUCACGGUAUGUCUACAUCCAGAAGCGCUACCAGAACGGCUACGACGAGGCCUUACAGAGACGACUCAUGGAGCCGGCGAACGAGGAGGAGGCCAAGCGCAUCAACGACCUCGCACGCCAGUACGGCAAGUACGGCUUCGAGGUGGGUAGCAUUCAGAGCCGCGUCGUGCGCGGGAACGAGGUGCUCUACGAGGUUCAGUGGAAGGGCGGACCUGGCACAGUUUCAGCAAAGCUUUCGCCGAUUUUGGUGUAG